CCGCUUCGUGCAUGGGCAUCAUGGACAUCUGCGGUAGCUUCUGAACACAGUCACCUGCAAUUGCAAAAAUAUCUGCAACUGUCUCUGCAUUGCAUCAUCAACUCUGGAUGCCGCUCCCGGCCGAUGGCCUGGGCUUCGGAGCUUCCUCAUCACCCCCGCUCCAGUGGAUAUUGAGACGAUGUCGGACGGGAGGCUGGGGACCAGUUGCACCUGCAUCUCGUCAAGUGACAAGAGAUGGGAUGAUGUUUACAACAGCCACGACACCCCUUGCUAUUUAGCUUCUUUCUUCAUUUCAUCCUCUUUCCUCUUUGUUUUUCUAUGAAAAUUCAUCCAACCCUAUCUUUCUUGACAUAUUCCAGCCUGUCACCCGCAUCCUCCACUGGCGGCCAUUUCCCCACAGUCGCUUGGCAGCCCCGCAAGGACCGGGGCUGCAAGAAGCGUUUCUUGGCUGCUUGGAGCUAUUCAGAAUCCCCACCCUCAGAGCUUGUUAUCGGCCGGCCCCCUCCAAGUCCAAGCCAUUGACGAACCAAAGAUCCUGUUGUUCGUCCAGUCUUUGGUCCGACUCGGAUAUAAGUCUCGUCCAAGGUCGUGACGGCGAAAACAGACUUUCCCCCCUCUUGCUGUUCAUCCCCGUGCCCGCAAAGCCCAAGCACAAGCCCACCAUGUCACUGCAUCGUGUUGCGUCGCUCGAAACUUUCGCCAUCCUCCCAACCGACCAGAGAUCAAGGAGGAGCUCCGAUGCUUCGGCUCGCGCCCGCAAAUUAACCUUCAACCCACUCCCGCAAGAAUGGGAUCCUCCAGCUGGCCUGGACCAACUUCAUGCCGUUGGCGCCUUUGAGGUGCCUCGCUGGAAGCGUCUACUCCAGGUUGCCGCCGCCGUCUUCUACUGCCUCUUCGCGUCCGGUGUUGUCUUUGGAUAUGCCGCCAUCAAGCCAGUCCUCAAGUCGGAGGGUGCCUACAAAGAUAUCUGCUCAGCCCCGGGCGGGCUAGUCAGCGAGGACACAUGCAUAGAGAUACAUCUGAACUUGAUGUUCACGGUGGCCGCUGUGGCUACGAAUGUUGCUGCUCUCCCUAUUGGAGCUAUCCUCGAUCACUAUGGGCCUCGGGUGUGUGGUAUACUUGGCAGUCUCUUCCUGGCCAUUGGCGCGGCGCUGAUGGCCAACGAGAGCCGCUUGCCUUUUGACGGCUUGUUGUUUGGUUAUCUUUUCCUGGCUCUGGGAGGCCCCUUUACCUACAUCUCGUCGUUCCAGCUGUCCAAUGCCUUCCCCAAAAACUCGGGCCUCAUUUUGGCCCUCUUGACGGGCGCUUUCGACGCCUCCAGCGCCUUGUUCUUGGUGUACCGGAUCGUCUUUCAAAAGUCAGAGGGCGCCUUUGGACAUCAGCGGUUCUUCAUGGUGUACUUGAUUGUACCUGUGGUGAUCAUCAUCUUGCAGUUUACGCUGAUGCCAUCUCAGUCUUACAAGACGGUUGGUGAGCUGGUGGAGGAGAUCGAGGAGCCAGUCGCCGAGGAACCGGAUGACCAGGUUGACGAAGAAACCGCCCUGCUCCAGGAGGAGGAAAGACAACAUCGCGCCGAUGUCAUCGAGGGUCUCCAGAACGUGCUCGGCUCGGCCAAGGCGGACAAGCAAGCGAAACGCGAGGAGCGCAAGAAUGAGAUCUCGGGUGUCUGGGGUGUCAUGCACCCCUACACGUCUUGGGAGCAGAUCAAGUCCCCUUGGUUUAUCUUGAUCUGCGCUUUUACUGUUAUCCAAAUGACCCGCAUCAAUUACUUCGUUGCCACAAUUCGCGCCCAGUACGAAGCCAUCUUUGGCUCUAUCGAAAAAGCGGCCGAGAUCAACGAAUUCUUCGACCUCGCUCUCCCCAUCGGCGGUAUUCUCAGCAUUCCCUUCAUUGGUAUGAUUCUCGACCACACCAGCACCGUUACCGUGCUUGCCUGCCUCGUCACAUGCGCCACCACGAUCGGCGUCCUGGGUAUCAUCCCGCAGACAUGGGCUGCGUACGGAAAUAUUUGCCUGUUUGUUCUUUACCGUCCAUUUUAUUACACGGCGGUGUCGGACUACAGCGCCAAGGUGUUUGGAUUCAGGACGUUUGGCAAAGUUUACGGUACGAUUAUCUGCCUGUCUGGCGUCUUCAACUUCUCGCAGUCUGGGUUGGAUUUCUUGUUUCACCAAACCUUCAAGGGCAAUCCUCUACCGGUGAAUGUGAUGUUGUUGAGUUUGGGGCUGGCAGUUGGUCUCGGGCUGGUAGGCUUCGUGGCUAUCAAGGCAAAGAUGAUCAAGAGGAAGAUGCUUUCAGAGGAGGCAUACGGUGCGUUCAGUGACCCAAGGUGGAAUCACUAGGGGAGGUCCAGCUUCAGCAAGAAGAGCAGGAGAAACAGAUUGUCGCGGAGUUACCAGAAUAGCGGGGGUGAGUUGUAAAAAGAAACAAGAAGAAUGUUGGAAAGGAAAAGGACAAGGGAUUGGAGGACCAUAAUGGUGUUUUUGUGUGACAUGGACAAAUCGGUUUGGAUGAUACCUGCAUGGUGGGAAGAGGAACGCAUGGGCACAUGGCGAUGGCGCACUAAGGAUUUUUCGUUUAACGGGGCAUUUAUGUUGAGCAUGAGUGGUAAGCAAAGCAGUCGAAUAUUUAACAUUUGCAUAUCGGACCUUUGCCCGCUUUCUCUCUCGUGAUACCUUGAGUACGGGUUACAGUUGCUGCU